ACCCCAAAUGGGUAACAGUGACUAACAUUAGAAAGACAAUGCAAUUUUCCCCAGUUUAAAUACAUCAGUCUUUUAAAUACCAGUACCCCACAAGUCAAUAACAGACAUUUCCAGUUUCUGUACCAAGAACAGACCCCAGUGGGGCCUCUGCUUCUUCAGGAGACACUUCAGCAGUUACUGAUUUUCAGUACUUUGGGCAAACCACAGAACUCUAAAUAGUAUGACAGGCAAGGAAUAUGACAGGAAAGCACCUGCACCAUGUCAUGGGAAGCCUACCUGGUAAAUUAAUAUGCUGUGUGUGUGUGUGUGUGUGUGUGUGUGUGUGUCUAUGAGUAUAGAAUGGAGAUUCUUUGGCUGGGUUCAUCUAAUGCUAUACCAAGAUUUGUUUUAACCAUUGUUUCUUCCUCGAGCCAGAAUCUUAGAUCCAAGCAAAAUAAUCAUAGUUUUUUCCAAGCCAAUUCUGACUUUAUCUUUACUCCAUUUCCUUUACCAGUACAUAAAUGGUAUCCCAACUGACAGUAGUAAAGGGCUGAGUUGCCUGUAUAUUUGUAGGUUUAGGGUUUUUAUUUUUGGUUGGGAUGGAGAUUGCUUGAGUCUGUUGCUAGUGGACUUUGGAAAGAAGGAUUUUUUGGCCUAGGGAAUGAAGGAUGCAUAUUUCAUAUCUCAGUUCUGUAGUGAUCUUUGCUUUGCAGAUAUUUCAGAAAUAGGGAGGAGUGCCAAGUCUUUCUGUGAACAUACUGCAAGGACUCAGCCAACCCUUUCAGAUAUUGUCGUCACCUUAGUUGAAAUGGGCUUUAAUGUAGAUACACUCCCUGCAUAUGCCAAACGGUCCCAACGGAUGGUGAUCACUGCACCACCUGUGACAAAUCAUCCUGUGACUCCCAAAGCGCUGACGGCUGGACAGAACAAGCCUCAUCCAUCCCACAUACCUGGCCACUUCCCAGAAUUCCCAGACCCUCAUACUUACAUCAAAACACCAACAUACCGGGAGCCUGUAUUGGAUUAUCAGAUCCUUCGAGAAAAAGCUGCUUCCCAAAGACGUGACGUUGAAAGGGCUUUGACCCGAUUCAUGGCAAAGACAGGAGAGACACAGAGCCUUUUCAAGGAUGAUGUCAGCACCUUCCCUUUGAUAGCUGCCAGGCCUUUUGCAAUACCUUAUCUGACCGCUCUGCUUCCUUCUGAGUUGGAGAUGCAACAGAUGGAUGAGACAGAUUCAUCUGAGCAAGAUGAUCAGACUGACACAGAGAACCUCCCCCUGCACGUGAGCACGGAUGACUCGGGUGCUGAAAAGAGUGCAUCACUUACAGCACCAAUACCUCCCUUUCUGGCAGCCGAAAUGGGGAGGAGUUUGUGA